CCUCGCUCGUCCUUGUUCUUGUCCACGCCGUGCGAGCACAAGAGAUGUUCGAGUCGCCGACGACAAUGAACAGCGUCAGGCUGCAGGCCGUGCGCUCGCUCGCCCAGCAUGCAUCCACGAGCCGAGCCGUGCUCGCUCAACGCGGCUCACUCCUUCUCAACUGACCAUCCCACCCAGCAACUUCGCAGCCACCGCACAUCCUUCAGCUGCCCCACCACGCUGCCACCAUGGCACCACAGGCAGUCGCGCGCAAGGGCACGCUGCGGCUGCUCUUCGCCGGCAUGCCGCGGCGCUACGUGCCGCUCUUCCUCCUCGCCACGCUGCUCAGCAUCAUCAGCGGCGCGCUGCCGCCGCUCAUGACUCGCGUGCUCGGCGAUGCGUUCAACUACUUCACCGCCUACAACCCCAGCGGCCUCGCGCCCGGAGGUGUGCCGCAGGAGCGCAAGGAUGAGCUCAUGCGCGGCAUCCUGCGUGCCGUCUGGCAGCUCUGCGCGCUCGCCGGCGGCACCGUCAUCCUCAGCACGGCAAUGAUCAGCGCCUGGAUCGCGGUCGGCGAGCGCGUGGCCGGCGGCCUGCGCACAGACGUGUACGCGGCCUGCAGCACGAAGCGCAUGAGCUGGUUCGACGGCGGCAUGGGCCUGGCGGGCUCAGCUGCCGGCGCAGACGGUGGCGACUCGAGCAUUGGCGCCGGCGGCCUGAUGGCUCGCUUUGCCCGCGAGGUCGAUGAUGUCCGGCUCGCCACCUCUCAGACGUCCGGCCAGCUGCUGCAGUACCUCACCACAAUGAUCGCCUGCACGGUCCUGGCGCUGGUGUCUCGCUGGGACCUGACGCUCAUCAUCCUCGCGUCCAUCCCGCUAACGACGGUCAUGACGAUCGUCUGCGAGAUUGCCGCCGCGGGCCCGAUGGGCCGCGAGCGUGCGCUGACUGCAUACGCUAGCGGCAACGUCGAGCGCACCGUCAACGCCAUCACCACCGUCAAGGCGUUCAACGGCGCCGCCCGCGAGCUCAAGCGCUUCCGCACCUUUCUCGCGACGGUGCAGCGCGUCAACAUUCGGCUCGCGGCCAUCUGGGGCAUGCGCAUCGGCCUCAGCGGCACCCUGACGCUCGCCAUGUUCACCUCGGGCUUCGCUUACGGCUCGCACCUCGUGCAGAGCGGCCAGGUCCGGCCAGGCACUGUGAUGACCGUCUUCUGGAGCGCUCUGCUUGCCAGCUCGCAUCUGCAGCUCGUCAUCCAGACGCUCAGCAUCGUCGAGAAGGGCAAGGUCGCCGCGGCCAGCCUGCGUGUUCUGUGCGACAGCGCAGACGAGCCGGCCCGCGCCUCCACGAUCCGCGAUCCACCUCCUGCAAGCGAGGCCGGCACUGCUGUCGAGAGCCGCGAGCCGGGCUCGCCGACGCUGUCGUGCCACUCAUCGGCACACUCUCACUCCCUGCCCAAGAGCCCGAUGAGCGGCGACGAGCCGUCGAACUUCACCCUGCCGCCGCCGCGCAGCGCCAAGGGCUCGGCACGAGGCUCGCGCACGCACGCCGUGGCCAUGAGCAUCGACUCUAUUCCGCACUUCUCCUCUCGCAACGAGCAGACGAAGAGCGCCACAGGGCCGGUGUCGCGAUCUCGGCCGCCUCGCGCCACAGUGCGAGGCACGGUCGCGGCGAUGCGCAAGAUCCGCCCGUCCCGAUGCCACGGCGAGGUCGUGCUUCGCAACGUGACGUUCGCCUAUCCCUCGCGGCCACUGGCGCCUGUUCUGCGCGAUGCGUCGAUGUACAUCGCCGCCGGCGAGAGCACGUACAUUGUCGGCGCCUCCGGCAGCGGCAAGUCGACCGUCGCUCAGCUGCUCACUCGCAUGUACGACGCGACAUCGGGCACGCUCGAGCUGGACGAUCAAGACGUGCGCUUUCUGGACCCCGAGUGGGUCCGCUCGAACGUCGCCAGCGUCGACCAGGCGCCGAUCAUCUUCGAUCUCAGCGUCCACGACAAUGUCGGUCUCGGUCUCUGCGGCGUGCUCGAGCAGUCGGGCAGCAUCGCACGGGUCGGCGCCAAUCAUGUGCCCAUCGUGCCGCGCGAGGACGUUGUGGCCGCCUGCCGCACGGCGCUGCUGCACGAGUUCAUCCAGAGCUUGCCAGAUGGCUACGACACACAGCUGGGAGCUCGCGGCGCCAGUCUCUCCGGCGGACAGAAGCAGCGACUCAGCAUCGCACGCGCUCGGAUUCGCGACCCGAGCGUGCUGAUCCUCGACGAGGCGACGAGUGCGCUUGAUCCGACGAGUCGCCUGCUCGUCAACGAGGCCGUCAAGGCGUGGCGACGAGGACGCACGACUGUCAUCAUCACGCACGACCUGUCGAGCGUCGGCGAUGACGACUUCGUCUACCUCAUGGACAGCGGCGUGGUGGCGCAGCAGGGGUACCGCAGCGAUCUCGGCAGUCGGCCGGGACCGUUCCAGGCGCUGGCCGAGAUGCAGAUGGCAGGCCACAGCCACGACACGGAGGCGACAGAGGACUUGCGGAGCCCGACUGGUCUCGAGGCGAGAGCGAGUCGUGCUCUCGAGGCCGAUGAGAGCUUCGACGUUCGCCGUCUGUCUGGCGCACAGCGCUGGGCACGCGGGCUGAGCAUCAACCCGAUCGACGCACCGGCCGACGAGAGAUUACGCGCAAGCACGACGAGCGUCGGCUCGUAUGCCUGGAACAAGUACGCCGGCGGCGCCGCGAACGGCCGCUACACUGGCGCGGAGACUCCGCCGGUGGCUGCUCGGCCCGGCCUGAGGCCACUGCGCCUUCCGCAACAGCAGCAGCAGCGCGCUCUGGACGAGGACGAAGGGACGAUCGAGUGGCUGACCAGCGCCAGCGCCGCGGCAAGCAAGCGACGACCGUUGCGACAGUGGACGACGAUGGACGACGACGCGGCGCCUCCGCCGCGACGCAAGUGGACAGCCAGCGAGCUGAGCCUCAGCAGCACUGCUUCGGCGGACGGCACAUCGCUGCCAAAGGAGAAAGGCUCUGCGACCGUGCUCGAGAUGGACGAGCUCGAUGCCGAGGAGAGCGACGCCGAACCGCCUCUUGCGCCUCCGGGAAGCCUCCGAAAGGUGCUGUGCGACGCCUGGGUGUCGCAGCCGUACAAGGUCCUCCUCGUCGCCGGCUUCAUCGCCUGUGUGGCUGCCGGCUCGGUGCCGCCAGUCUUUUCCUUCAUCCUCGGCAAGCUUCUUGCGACGAUGGGCCGCCAGAACCAAGGUCAAGAGGUGAGGCUCUACACGCUCAUCGUGGUCGGCCUCGCCUUCGCCGACGGCAUUCUCAACUUCCUCCGCUUCUUCGUCAUGGAGGUGGCUGGCGAUCUCUGGGUGCGGCGCCUGCGCGAGAAGUCGUACCGCAAGGUGCUCGCGCAGGAUAAGAGCUGGUUCGACCAGCCAAGCAGCACCGCCGGCGCCAUCGUGACCAGCAUCGUCAAGGACGCGGACGACGCGCAGGCUCUCGUCGGCCGCAUCGUCGGACAGCUCGUCGUCGUCAUCGCCAUGGUGGCGCUCGGCUUGAUCUGGGCGAUGGCGAUCGGCUGGCAGCUGACGCUGGUCGGCCUGGCCUUUGCGCCGAUCUUCGUCGUCGCCAUGGCGCUGCAGUCGCGCGUCGUGACGAAGCACGAGAUCCGCAACAAGGCCAAGCGCGAGGCCGUGGCGAAGCGCUUCUACGACAUGGUCGCCAACGCGCGCGGCAUCCGCUCCAUGGCGCUCGAGCCCGUCUUCGGCGCCAACUUUGCCGAUGCCGUGGCCGAUGCCGAGCGCUGCGCCCUCCGCGCCGCACCCGUGUCGGGCUUCGGCUUCGGCCUCGGCGAGGGCCUGACGUACUCGGCCGAGGCGCUGAUGUACUACGUCGGCGCACGCCUCAUCAUCAGCGGCACGUACGACUUUGAGCGCAUGGUCGUCACGUUCAACCUGAUCAUCUUCGCAAUCACUUUCGCCGGCCAGGUCAUGGCGUACCUGCCGGGCAUCUCCAAGUCGGUGCAGGCUGCGACGGACCUCAACUACCUCGUCAGCCUGCCCGACGCGACGAGUGAGACGCCUGGCGCUGCCACACCGGCCGUCUUCGGAGGCCUCUCGUUCGAGAAUGUGUCGUUCGCCUACCCGCUGCGGCCCGACGUGACGGUGCUGCAGAGCACGUCGUUCAACAUUGGCAUCGGCGAGCGGGUCGCGCUGGUGGGCGGCAGCGGCAGCGGCAAGUCCACGAUUGCAGCGCUCCUGCAGCGGCUGUACGAGCCGGCCAGUGGCCAGAUCCUCCUCGACGGACACGCGCUGCACGACAUCGACGUGAACUUCUUGCGCGAGCGGCUCGCCGUCGUGAGCCAGCACCCGAAUCUGUUCGACAUGAGCGUCGCCGACAAUAUCGCGUACGGCGCUGCGAACGUCGGCACGGGCGACGUCCCGGCCCCGCGCCUCGAGGUGGAGCUGGCGGCACGGGAGGCCUGCGCCGCCGACUUCGUCGAGAAGCUGCCUUCCGGCUACGACACGUCGCUCGGCGAGAACGCCAGUCUGCUCUCUGGCGGCCAGGCUCAGCGCCUGGCGAUCGCACGGGCGCUGAUGCGCCGCGACGCUCCCAUCCUAAUCCUCGACGAGUGCACCAGCGCGCUUGACCCGUCGACGCAAGACGCAGUCGCGCGUGCACUGCUCGAGGAGCGCUCCAAGCACCGCACCACGCUCGUCGUCACGCACAAGCUGCAGCUCAUGCAGCGCUGCGACCGCAUCCUCGUACUCGAGGGCGGCCGCGUCGUCGAGCAGGGCCACUACGACACGCUCAUCAAGCGCCGAGGUGGCGCGUUCGCGAAGCUCGCCAGCGCCGGCGAGUGGGGUGCCUGAUCACGUCCUGUCCCAUACAUUCCCGCUUCAUCUCCUUCCUGCUGUCCUGCUGCUCGUCAUGUAUGUAUUAUCAUCACUCGUCACUGUCCGCACAAUGCACG